GAAAGUUUUAAAAUGAUACUCCAAAAUGAAAUAAAAUUUGGAGGUUUUUCUUUUAUAUGAUGCUGCGAUGUUUUUUGCUGUUAAUUUCUCAUAGUUUUGUUUUUGAUCGCGUCCAUUUACAGCUGGAGCCUCAACACCGUAAAGCUGGCGCCAUUCAAGAGCUGAGCCUUGUCAAAAUACAGUUGAACCCUGCUAUUACGAAUUUUUGAGGGAAAAGAAAACUACAGUAGCUCGAAAUAGCGGUAGUUCGGAAUGGCCCUUAGGAAAUGACUAACGGGCAAAUCCAUGGCUAAUGGUUUUCAGUUCCAAAUAACGGGGAAUUCUAAAUAGCCGAGUUCGAAUUAACGGGGUGCAAUUGUAACUUGACUAAACGGGUUGCAGAAACGGUUUACUGUAACGAGGACAAAUUGUCUCCAUCAAUGAAUGGAUGAAUGAAUGAAAGACUUCAUUAAACUGUCAAUAGUAUCUAGCUUAAAAAAAACUAAUUGGGGACACUAUUUACACAAUACUAUGCACCUUAGCUAAAGUUAAAAUUAUUUUCAAUCACAGGCUGCAUCAAGGCCUACUCUCCUCUUAAGUUCUUCAAUUUUCAAUAUUCUGGAUGUCCAGAAAACAGUGACUAUUCCAUUUUGGAAGAGCGCCAUCAGUAGAAAGUCAAAUCUCGAGAGUUUUAUCUCGCAUGGAGUGUAACACAUGCUCGGUAUAGUUUGCAAUAUUUCCCGGCAGACGUUUCAUAUAAUUUUGGCCAGUAUCUACAUUGGAAAUUAACCUUCCAAGCAGACAUUCUCUAAGCGCGCCACGCUUUGAAAAGUCCGAGAAACUAUCUUUGUCAUGGGAACUUUGGCGUCGAUUUAAGUCAUAAGACUCUGAACGUUUACAAUUGACCCAAAGCUGAGCUGUUUUCCAACAGUGGCAAUAAGUGUUCUUUCCUUCCCAGCCGAGCGGACAAGAAACAAACAAAGAAAAAAAAAAGAAAAGAUUUAUGGUUAUUAAACGUUUAGGAAGGGCAAUGGGACGGGCGUUAGCUUUUUUUUCAAAAACUCCUUCAGUGUAACCUUUCCUUCCAGUAUUACCUUCACUGUCGUUUAAAGUUUUAUUUUAUUUUAUUUCAUUUUCACUCUGUUAAAGAAAGGAUUUCCGUAUUUAUCCGAAUACAGUGGGUUUUAAAGUGAUGCUGGUUUUAAAGUAAUGCAUAUAAAUUUUAAUCCAUUACAGCGCUAUUACUUAGACGUGAACUAAUUCGCUGUUAGCACAGCUGGCAAAUAUCAAAAUAUUCGAAAGAAGAAAGAGUUGCUCUUGAACCUCAAGCAGAAACCCAGAACUUCCGCUUGUAUUUCCGGGCCUAUCAAGGCGGAUGGAACAACAAGCACGGACCGCGAAAAAGUGUGCCUUUGUUAGCGAGUAUUGUUAAAUACUACAUGACCAGGUUGUACUCCAGUACGGACAAAUAUCGCUUCUAAAAAAUAUCAGAAAAAUAGGAUUUAGUUGUGGGAUCAAUUCUGGCAAAGUGGCACGUCACCUUGAAACAGUGUACUAGGUCAUUUCAGAUAAACUCUAGUGUAGGAUAUGGAUAUGUGGCAUUGGUUGGUAAUUCAAAAUAAAGAUACUGAGUGACACGAUUAAUCACGAGAGGUUUGGAUACUGUGAGCUGAAUUACAAAAACAAAGGGCAGGUAAAUACUAUUGGCUUAGGCUAACAAAAAGGUACGUACUUUAUCAAGUGACUCCCAACUACAUUUGAACCAGUUCAUUGGAUGCAUUCGAAGGAUCAAAUCGACGCCAUUUCCAAUUUGCCGUGAACACCAUGAAGAUGCUGUAUGUGUUUUUCUUGCUUUUUACCUCGCAAUUUGCCUUGGCGAGCUCAUUCAAGAUUAUAAAAGAACAGACCGAGAACGGAAUGAAGACUCUGCUGUCGGAAAUGAGAAAAACCGCAUCAGAAUCCACUAAAUCAAACAUACACCCCUUUUUGACUAUGGAAGGUCAAAAAGUUCCUAGUGGAGCCUCCUCUGUAGGACACAAUCAAGCAAAAUCUCUUGAAGACCAUGCUGCAGUUCAGCUUAGGGGAUCCUCAACUAAGAGAACAAAGCGUGAAAGUCCACAAAGUAAGGCCGAUCAAGCAGUUAAUGGCUGCCGAAAGGAGGACUUGCUCGUCAACACAUCAGAUCUUGGCUUGUCUGCCAAAUUUAUUAGACCUGAGAGCUUUAACGCUUACCAGUGCAGAGGAAAGUGUUCCUUAACACAAGGGAACACGUUCACCCUUCACUCACUGCUCGAAGCUUUUGUGAACAAGAAGGGCAACAAAGCCGAUGGCGAGGGAUGCUGUGUUCCCACCAAACUUCGGUCACUUUCUGUCAUUUAUUACGCCAAGGAGCAUGGAAUUUUCGAGCGGCGCACUUUCCAAGAUAUGAUUAUUGAAGAAUGUGGCUGUUACUAAAACUUUACGCCUCCGAUUCCUUUGUGGCAGUACUAAAACCCCAAGAUAUGAUUAAACGAUGCAAAUCAUCAGAGCGAGAAAAAAAAAAAAAAAAAAAAAAA